UUUCAUUCAUUCUAUUCUGCCUUUAGAGAUUUUUCCGCAAAACGCAAAAUAUUUUAGUCAUAACAUAAUAUAGUAUAUGCUAAAUAGAUGAUUAUAAGCUGUGUGUGUUUAUGUUUUGGUUAAAACUAAUCCCUCUUUCUCUGUUUUUUACACGACAAGCGUCUGGAAAGCCACCAAAUAUGGAUAUCCUACGACAGUUUCAGAAUAUUUCUUGGUGUAAGCCAGACUGGUGUUUUCCCAGCAUGAGCAAGGAGACAAAUGAGCUGCUUCGGCAAUGCACAGACAUGCCCAAACUUGAGUACUCAGAUGAUGUGGACGAAACCAUCAAGAGGAGUAAAGCCUUCCCCAUACCAUUUCCGAUUGAAACUGUCAGGUUAGAGAAGUUGAAAGUGCGUCGUCCGAUAGAGAAACUGAAGAGCAACAUAGCGUCCACAUAUCCUCUCAUUCACGAGAGGGUGCUGCUGUUAAUGACUCAUUUUCUUAUUUACAAGAGAGAAUUCGGGUCCAGUAUCGAGAAAGCGCUGUACAACGACAUGACGGUUCCAGACCUGAUCGACAGAAUACUGAAGAAGAGGGCUAUCACGUUCAUGGGGCCGCACGACACGUAUAAACUAAUCUCUGGCGAGGAGGGUCACGAAGGCUGGGAGGCAGUGGGCACGUUACAACAGAAGCCGCCGCUAGUCCUAGAGAACUGUCUGAGCUACGACGAAAUGAAGAUAGCUGCGUUUGUGUACGUCAGCGGGUAUACGGAGUGCAUCAAUAAUGGGAGUAGGAAGAAUGGUGGGGUUAUAAGUGAAGAAGAUGCAGAGAGUGAUGCAGUUAUUAUAGGUAUUGUCGGCCCCCGUUUCGAACGUCGAGGCCGGAUGGACUAUGAAGAUAUUCUCAUUACUGAGCAGCAGAACUGCUUAGAAAAUGGGUACGGAGAAGAAGUGACGCCGACGACGUGCCUCAACGUUUUGAAACGACGUACGUACGCAACAACCAGUCUGCCAGGCAUAUGUGGAGACAAAUGUUUUCCGAGUUUUAUCAGGUACACAGUUAUACUCACGAAGAGCUCCUCCUACGUGAACAUCGAAGAUAAACCCGAAGACCGUCGCUACAUAGACCGCUACGUCAAAGUGCACGACAGUAUAUUCGACAACGAGGUGUACUACAAGCGGAUCAGCGUCACUGCCGAGUGUGUGCUGUAUGAGGCGGAGGACCGCGCGAGGGGCGCGGGGAGAGAGGCGUUCGUUAAUAUUAUAGGAGCUGGUCUAGGAGUAUGGAAAGUGUCUGCCCACCAGCCUGAUGUUUACAUCCUGACAUUCUUGGAGAGGAUACGAUCUUUCCUGAAGAAGGACCUGUUGAAUCACGUCACAGAUGUCAAUUUUGCCUACAUACAACCCAGUGCCAGUAUUUUAGCAUUAUUUACAAAUGGAGCAGAGGGGGAGGGGAGCACAGAAAAAAGAAUAUUCUUUGAGAGCAAAAGGCAUCCUAAAGGUGGCAUAAACGUUCAGCUAGAAAACCGAGAGCCGUCAGCGAAGCUAACAGGCGAACACGCGGGCAAGCUACUAGUCAUGACGUAUCCGUGGGACGGGAACGCGCACCCAGGCAACGAAUUUUGGAUCGGCAGCCUGUCGGGGUCAGGCGAUCCGGCAGCCGCGUGCUCCACGCAAGUGUCGGAGCUGCACAACGCGCACGUCAACCCGCGCGUGUCUGCGCGCGCUGCCCGCGUCGCCUGCAGGGCGGGCGUCACGCCGCUGGCUGAAUACUGCGACGCGCUGGCACAUUAGAGGUCAAUUAUAAUAUAUAUGGUUAGAGGAAACCUUGUAGAGAAUACGUCUGCCUCUAAUCUUGUCCUGUUCAAAAUAAAUGUUACUCACACCUGACAUAACCUUAGUUGUUAUUUUGUGAACUGUUCUAUUUUAAUAAUCGGGUCCACACAGAACGAGGCACGUCGCGAGACAAUGUGCUCGCGAGGCAAACGUUUAGUGUAGAUGCGCCUCGGUCGAGGCAUAACGCACUUGCCGAGCUACCUGCCUCGACCGAGGCAGGUCUACAUUGAUAAUUUGCGGCGUCGUGUGGACCCAGAUUUUGAUUUUGUACAUUCGGCAGAUGAAACUUUGGUGUUAAAAAUGUUUAACAAUUUUAAUUCUAUAAAUGAAAAUUUGAGCAGUCUCGCUUUAAGAACGCUCCUCUUGAUACUUGCUUAUCUCAGCAUGCCCAAAGAAGAAUAGCGCCGGUAAUAAGCGACAUUAAUUAUAUUACUACAUCAAAACAAUUAAAGAUAUCCGAUGCAUUUCAUUUGUUUUUCGUAUUGUUUACAUGUUAUUAACAAAUACUUUUGACUUUCAAUGUUUUGUGCAUUUCUUUAGUUCGUGUUUUCUAAUUUCAUGUCGAUUCUUCCUAAAAGUUUUGUUAGUUUUAUAAAAUCGAACUGUAGUACCAAUUCGUCAUUCAUAUAGUUAUCACAAUUUUUUUUAAUAUACCGACACCUUUAUAAUGUUAAUUGUCAGAACAUUUUUUGUCAUACAAAUAUCAUUAAAAAAGUUAGUGAUGAUUCGAUAGCACUAAAUACACCUUAAUAUUGCCACAGCUGUAACAAUUGCUUUAGGAUAUUAAAUCUUGCCUACAAUUUUACUCUUCCACACUUUUUGGUACACUAAAAUUGUAAUAAUUAUAUUUUAAUAAAUAUGUGUAUUUGUAUAUGGCUGUGAAAAUUCUGACAGACAAACAACACAGAGGUUGAAAAUUUGUCUCAAAGGUAACAUAAGUUUUCAAUGAAAGUAUGUUGAAUUAAGAUUUUUGAGGUUAAAAAAAAACCUAAAUAUAGUCGGGUCCUGUCCACACAGAGCCAGCAACAUCGCGAGGCAAUUUCUUCAAGCGGCAACGGCCAAUGUAGACGUGCCUUGGCCAAACUAGGUCGGGCUAGUUGCCUCGGCCGAGGCAUGUCUACUUUGGCCGUUUGCCUCGUGACACUGCUCGCUCUGUGUGGACACGCCUAAUGACGUGAAAAAUUAAUUGGCUACUAUCGUAUAAUGCUUGUAUUAUAAAAUGUAAAUAAAAUUUGUAUGUACGUUGCUUAGCUGUAGUAUUACUAGUAACUGUAUUCUAAACUGUAACUAUGUAUGUGUUGUGUCCUUAUUUUGUAUUGUGAAUUGAACAAGGGAAAUUUGUUUAUGCUUAUUUUAGGAACUAUUGGAAAACUAUACUUUGUAAUAAAUUGAAGGAAUUGGCUGA